AAACUUAACUAUGUACAAUUUUAAUCUGAUCCUUAUAAUGUACACAUAUAUAUCGGCGACUUAAAAUCGAACUCGAAUGACCGGUUGAAUGUGAUUGAAUACCUUGCAAUUACCAGGAAACAAGCAAGAUGUCUGACGGGGAGGACGAUUUUAUGGCUGACAAUGACAGUGAUGAUUACAAUUUAGAAUAUUCUGAAGACACCAAUUCCGAGCCAGAUGUAGACCUCGAGAACCAGUACUACAACUCCAAGGCAUUGAAAGAAGAUGAUCCCAAGUCAGCACUAGAAAGUUUUCAAAAGGUAUUGGACCUUGAAGAUGAGAAAGGAGAUUGGGGUUUCAAGGCGCUCAAACAGAUGAUCAAGAUUAAUUUUCAGCUGGGAAACUAUGGGGAAAUGAUGACAAAAUACAAGUUACUAUUAACAUACAUCAAGAGUGCAGUAACGAGAAACUACUCAGAGAAGUCCAUCAAUAGCAUCUUAGACUACAUCUCUACUUCCAAGAACAUGCAACUGCUUCAAGAAUUCUAUGAGACUACUCUCAUGGCUCUCAAGGAUGCCAAAAAUGACAGACUAUGGUUCAAAACAAACACAAAGCUUGGAAAACUGUACUACGACAGAGAAGAAUUCAAUAAGUUGGCAAAGAUCUUAAAACAGUUACAUCAAUCAUGUAAAAACCAAGAUGGAACAGAUGAUCUAAAAAAGGGCACCCAACUUUUAGAAAUCUAUGCACUUGAGAUCCAGAUGUACACAUCACAGAAGAACAACAAAAAACUGAAAGCUCUGUAUGAGCAAUCUCUGCAAAUCAAGUCAGCAAUACCUCAUCCACUCAUCAUGGGUGUUAUCAGAGAAUGUGGUGGCAAGAUGCAUCUACGGGAGUGUGAAUAUGAGAAGGCACAUACAGAUUUCUUUGAGGCUUUCAAGAACUAUGAUGAAUCAGGCAGUCCCAGGAGAACAACAUGUCUCAAGUACUUGGUCUUAGCUAACAUGCUCAUGAAAUCAGAUAUCAACCCAUUUGAAUCACAAGAGGCUAAACCAUACAAGAAUGAUCCUGAGAUCCUAGCAAUGACGAAUCUAGUCAGUGCCUACCAGAAUAACGACAUCAAUGAGUUUGAGAAGAUCUUAAAGAACAACAGACGGAACAUCAUGGAUGAUCCAUUUAUAAGGGAACACAUAGAAGAUCUGCUGAGGAACAUCAGAACACAAGUCUUAAUCAAACUCAUCAAACCCUACACAAGAAUCCAUAUUCCUUUCAUUUCAAGAGAACUUAACAUAGAUGUAGCAGAAGUUGAAAGCUUACUAGUUCAGUGUAUAUUAGAUAAUACAAUAUGCGGGAGGAUAGACCAGGUCAACCAACUAUUGGAAUUAGAUCAAAAAUCAAAAGACACAGCACGUUAUCAUGCACUAGACAGGUGGACAGUACAACUAGCAUCUCUACAACAGUCUGUGGGCAACAAGAUGGCUUGACCUCAGUCUACAACAAUCUUGCUUCAAUUAAACUGUUGCGCUACAAUUGUUGUAAAUGUAGGACAUGAGACAUUGUGCUUCACUAAAAGUGCAUCUGCUAAAUAAUCUUCUGAGAAGAUUGACUGCAUUAUCAAAAGCCCCAAAACUGAUCUCCUGGUGGAACUACUCAGAAAUGUUAUCUUCACUUUCUUCAGUGGGAACUCAUGCACCCAACAGCAACAGUAAUGUAUUCCUAUCGACCUGAAAUCAUUAGGGCAACAAUCUUUCCCUGAUGGUAUCAAUAGGCUUCUUUAUUUAGGAUGUGAGUGGUGAGUAAUUUGGGACAUAGAUAAAGUUGGUAAAUACAGCGUAAAGUGUGUGGCUGAAGUGCAGUCAAUUUUUAGAGAAGAUGUACCAGAUCAUUAUUAGCACGCUCCUGGCCAAUUCAUGUGGAAAGACCAUGGCCAACCUUAUAUGCUACUAUUAAUCAGAAUUCCUGGAUGAAAUUAUGCAUAUGGUCAUGCUGUUUAGAAUGUGAAUAUAUCAAGUGCAGCUAAAACACUUCAGAUUUCUACCAGUAUAUUUCUCACCCAUUUAUUCCCCAUUUUUCUUUGAUGUUUGAUAUUUUCCCUGAUAAUUGACAGUGCCUGAUUUGAUUUGAGCCCCUCUACCUUUCAGUUUUCAUGCUGGGCUUUCUUAGCAAUGAGCAAGGAUACAUUUGUACUUUGUAUUUGUUUCCUGGUUCAUUUUGUGUUUGGUAUGUGUUAGAGAGAACUGCAUGUAGGGUUGUGCUUAAAGUGCCAUGCUUGACAAAAUAUAUGACAGGGUUCCCACCCAUAGUCAUGAACAAAAAAAUUCUCCUUGAAAGUCAAGGAAAUAUGAAGUAAAAAAAACUCUCACAAAUUGUCUCAAUCACAGACAUGAAAUACUAUAUAUCAGUGUGUGGUAUUCGUACGCAACUCCUACCAAAAUGUUAAUUAUCUCAUGGAAAAGGGCAAAAAUAAGGUCAUGGAUAGUCAUGGAAUUUGGUUCUCACAUUUUUGUGGGAACCUUGUAUAAAUACAGUUUUUCAGAAAGAGGUGAAAAAUUAGCGACGUAAGGUAUUCCAAAUUCCCUUAUUAUUAAAAGUUAAGCACAAUGUAGGCAAACUUUAAAAAAUAUUUAAUCAUUUUCUAAAAUCUUGAUACAUAUCUCAAGAGUUUGACACACCUAAACAUUCUUUUGAUAGCCUGAAAUUGUGAUAAAUCAAAUGAUGACAACACCCUUCCUUACCCAACGAUAAUCGCAACUACAUCUGGGCCUCUUGAAGAAUUUUGAAACAAAUAUGAAACGGAGGUGUUGCUGAGUCAUAUGACAACUUAUUUUAUGUGCUUAUUUUCAGUAUCAAAUGACUAAAUUAUACAUUACGUAAACACCUCUAUUUAUUUUGCCAAACAUGACAAUGUUAUUCAGUUAAGUUUGGGAUUGCCAUGUCCUGUGAAAUUUUGUUCGGUUUGGCUACAGCACUGUUUACGAUGUAACUUGUCAUGGCCGGUUAGUUUUUUGUUAAUAUUUUGUAGUUAUAUCAGUCUCUGAUACCAAUAUCUGCUAAGAGUAAAUGCAAGUGAACAUUUAGAGGUUGCAAUCUUUGUGUACCGUAAUAGCACUAUUGGAAAAGACUCUGACUCGCAUCAUUAGUCCAUUAUAUCUGCAAAGUUUAUAAUUGUGUUAAUUCCUGCUAUACAUACACAUUUUAGAGGUUAUACUACAUGAAAUUUGAUUUUUCUAAUCAAUGAAUUAUGAUUUCCAUUUCUUAGAAAUGUUGACAAGCAUUUGAGGGAAAAUUAAAGACUUGUAAUAUUAUCCAAUAAAACAUUAAUGGGAAAUACAGCCGUUUAUAUGAAAUUGAAAUUACAAGAAUGAAAACUAAAAGCAAAAUGCUUAGUUUUUUCAACUGUCAGUAUCUUAGGAAGAAAUGUACUAUCAUCUCCAUUGAUAAAAUGAGCCAUUUGUCUUCCUAUGCAUAUUAUAAGAUAAAUAACCAUUACAAGGUGCUUGUAUUUAUGCUAUCUCUCUUUCCUCUCCUUUUACAAAUGAGGUGUUUUAAGGUUAUUCUCUCAAAGAUUUAAUCAGUGAGAUAUAUGCUAGAUAAAUGCCUGUUUUAUGAAUAUCUGAUUUAUAGGGAAUAAUAUGAGAUAGCUCUUACAGGUACAAAGUUGUGAUUGGUCCACAUCACAUGAUAUUGAUUGCGAGGAUCAUAAAUAGCAUACUGCACUCCUGAUCAUUUGCGAUGAUAAUAUUGACCAAUCGAUCAAAUGUGUAUAUUUUUUACUGGUACAUAUCCAAGCAAUCCUGCAUGCCCAUUGUUUGCAUUGUCUUAGCCAUGCAUUUGAUGGGGAAGUUGGACUGCUCCAGAAAAAAAAAACAAGGCAAGAGAGAUUGCAAUUUCCCCUUGUUUCAUACAACAAAGUGUAAUCAAGAAUAUCUGAUUAAGCAUUAAUAUACAUUUUUGACCGCAAGGGAGUUAUAUUUUCCCCCAGUGCUACUUGAUACUUGAUACUUGAUGAGGUAAUCCCUGAAGCAGCUUUUCCAAGCUUUACUGGUAUGGGAUGUGUUGUGACAGCAGGUGAAGGUGCAGACAACUAAAGGGUGUACAAUUACUUUAUACAGUAAAACAGUGACGUGCAAGUAAAAAAAUCAUGCUGCUAUAUGGUUUACAGCAUUCUGGAACCUACAGGAGGUUCCAACCCUCUAAUGACGGGGAGGGCGGUCAUCUGGAAAGCAGCAACUGUUGGGGCAGUAACUGCAGUGACUGGUAGUUGAUUCCAGAUGCGGAUGGUGCGGGGGUAAAAUGAGUACUUGUAGGAGUCUAUUGUUGCCUCAGGAACAGAGAGCUUGAGUGUGUGGUCUCUUCUGCUGAUGUAUGUAGCUUUGGUUAUGAGGUGAGGAAGACAAAUGUUGACUAGCUGGUGGUGUAUUUUAAAGAUACAUCUGCGCACAUCUUGAAAAUAUAGCCCCUUGGGAAACUAUAACUCCCUUUUUCGGUCCAAAGAAUGUUAUAUUACACACCCUACUAGUCAAAAUCUGUAUAAUACAACGACAAGUGCAUCCAAUAUCCCAUAGUGAUGACAUUUUCAGAAAACGGGUGUCACUCAAAGAGCUUUCUUGCUUUAUUAUUUUAUAAGUCUUUAACUUUUGAAUUUUGGCAUCUGCCUAAAUCAAAUUUUCAAAUCUAUGGCAAAGGGUUUAGGGAAAAAAUCUCUAACAAAUUUGAAAUAUGUUAUAAUAUGCAGAAGUGGAAAAUAAAAUACCUGGGUAUGAAGCAUAUUAAAAGUAUCUGUAAAUAGUGUGACAAACUUAUAUUGUUCUUUUGAUACUUCUUUAUGUGUGUGAUUAAAUCACCAAUGUUGAAAUUCAAUAUUAUGUAAGAAAUUAAUAAUAUAAUGUUUAAAUGAGAGGUUAUCCCCUUUAAAAAUAUUUAAGGCUAGAAAGAUGAUUAUCAUAAGAACUGUUUCAAGAGUCUAGGUAGUUAAUUAUAUUUUUUGUCUGGCGACUUUCCAUCAAUGCAUAAAUCAUAUUCCUCAUAAUACAAUGGAGUGAAGAGGCUAUUACAGUUUGAUUUGAUUUAUUGUUUUUGAGUAGAUCUAGAUUGGCCAGUUUACAUUAUAGUAUGAAUAGUGUUGUAUUACUGUCUCCAUCUGCUCAUCUCUCUCUCUCUCUCUUUUGUUUCUUCUUUCUCUUUCUUCGUUUUUUUAGCACACCUGAGCCAAAGGCUGUACAGCACUUGAAAUUGAGAUUUUUAAAGUAAAAUUCUCCCUCUAACAAAUUUACCUGUAUAGACAUUCUCUGACAUAAACAAAUAUUUCCAUUUCAGAAUCUCCUCAAAUGUGUUUUGGAAUGAGUUAAUUAAUGCAAGAGAAACAUCAUCCGCUAGGACCAGAAUGGUAUGAAAUAAGUGUCAAUGGAUAUAUCACAUAUUCAUAGUGCUACCUAGUAAAAGGGAUUAUUCACUUGUGAUAAUAUGUUUAGUGUAAGAGGUUUUAAGGAAAUUAAUCUUUUCCUUAUCUUCCCUACAUGCACAAAUACCUCCUCUUUUUUUUUUUUUUGGUUACAUAUAGUUGCUCUUAGUUUGAUGGAGAUCAUCUGUGCAGACAAGGUGUAUGAAUGUCCAUGUUGAGACGAGUGGAAAGGGUUUUAUAUGCAACACAGACAAUGACCUUCACACAGUUUUCCAGGAUAGAAGGUUUUGAAAAAGUACAUUGCUCUUAAAUUUUUGUUUGCCUUGUUUAGUGAAAACAAAUUAAAUUGUAAGAAAUGGGAGAAUUAUAGCCUUAUGUCAUCUCACAUGUGGGGAAGAAUUGUAGGCAAAGUUAAAGAUUUUGUCGAUAUGGAUAGCCAAAGGUAGAUGUUCAGACUCAUGAAAUCAGGUUUUGUUUAUGUUGUGAAGUGCCCUCUUUUGUUUCAGAGUGUUGUGCUCGCAUGUUGGGUCCGCCUUCAUCAGAUCUGAUGCAUAUGCAUGAAACCUUAUAAGGAGUGUUCAUGAAUAAUGCAUUACCUUCUAUUUUUAUCAGGUAUAUAACGUGCAUGUACAAACAAUUAUAAUUUUUAAAAAGGCCAACUCUUUUCCCUGUAUUGUUUGUUAAUGAAAAUAAGAGCUACAUUUACUCUUACUUUUACUGAUUUAGAACUCUGAUAAUCCUCCAGGUAAUUACCUAUGAAAACAAGCAAAGUGAUUUGCUUUAGAGGAAUGAGAUGUGAGAUAACUUGAUGUAUAACAUUUGUAGGCUGGUGUGUAUGGGUGUCAUGCCAGUCUACUUGGCUAAAAUAAUAAGACAUGAAGCUACAGAGAAAUUAAAACUAAUCUUGUAUGCCAAGUGCA